UGGCACUUGUCAUCUCUUCGUGACGUGCUUGAUCAUUUGAGCGGGAAGAAGGCCUUCAAAAGCAGAACCCGCCGCAGUCCAUCGAUAUCCCAAAUUUCCACUCUCCACCACCUAAACGAAUAAUGCCUACUGAAAUCAAAUCCCUGCAAGAAUUCCGCAAUAUCAUCGACUCCAAUGAGCCCUGCAUUAUCGAUUUCUGGGCAUCAUGGUGUGGUCCAUGCAGGAUGAUUGCUCCUGUCUACGAGAAAUUCUCGACCGAGCAUCCGCAGCUCAAGUUUUACAAGGUCGAUGUCGAUGCUCAACAGGAGAUCAUGCAAGAGUGCGGCAUCCAGGCUAUGCCCACUUUCCAAGUUUACCACAAAGGCAACAAGAUCUCUGAGACAAAGGGUGCUGUUCCUCAAGCGCUUCUUAAUUUGGUUAUGGAGGGUAAGGCCUUAGCCUGAUCGAACAAGUUGUAAUAACAAUGUACAUCUUAUGCCGCCGUACUUUUUCUAUCGCGCGAGAUCGAUGUUCUAAUCACUUCAUAACAAAAACUGUAAUAUUGUAUUCUUUUGCGGGGAUGUUUCUGGUCUGCGCCCCGGUCGAUGACGGACGAGUCGGGCUGAAAUGUAACUCUGCAAGUAAGGAUUAAUGGCAAAAAUAAUUCAUUUGACG